GGUCAUUGAUAUGGAUAUUGUGGACACAACCAAAGUGACAGGUCUAAAAAAGGCCAACAUACCGGAGACGAUUAAAUUAUAUCAAGAUUUGGAUGACGAUUCCAAAGAGCUGUUGAGAUGUGCUAACAAGGUUCGACAAAAUGCCUAUGUCCCGUAUAGUAAUUUCAAAGUUGGUGCAGCUUUUCGGACAAAAUGUGGUCGCAUUUUUUCGGGUUGUAAUGUUGAGAAUGCCGCCUUUACACCCGGUUCGUGUGCCGAACGUACUGCCCUGUGUAAGGCUGUAAGUGAAGGUUUUCGUGAAUUUAGUGCCGGUGCUGUGGUAGCCUAUCAGGAGGAUGCUUUUACACCACCCUGUGGUGUAUGCCGGCAAUUUAUUAUGGAAUUUGCUGCCGACGAUUUACCCAUUUAUGUCACAAAGGCCGUGGAGGGUACUACGGAGAAGUUGGAAAAUCAUGCUGGCGAUCAUGUGCUGUGCACAUCGAUAUAUAAUCUGCUGCCAAAUGGUUUUCGUAAUUUUAAAUGA